AUGGCCCCCGCAGGCGAGCCUACUGGCGGGUUUGAUGGCCAUGCAGAUUCCACUGCCCACCAACACGGGCGUCCAUUGAACCAGGACAGCCCUUGGGCGAAGCAAAACGUCCUGACUUUCGAUGGUGGCGGUGUUCGCGGAUACUACAGCCUAUUGCUUCUGCAAUAUCUUAUGAAGCGUAUCCAAAUGAUCGAAGAAAGUUUCAAAUCGGACGAAGACUCAAAUCAUGGAAGGAUCUCUAGUUUCAGCCCCUGCAUUCAGCCAAGAGACUUCUCAUAUUCCGCCAAACCAGAGUCAAACUUCUUGCCAUGCCAUUACUUCGAUUACAUCAGCGGGACCUCAACUGGGGCACUGAUCACCAUCAUGCUCACGACACUCCGCAUGUCGGUGGACGAUUGUCUGGAGGAGUAUGAAAACCUUGCAGGACAAGUAUUCGGGCAUCCUCGACCUGUACACCAUGCUGGAGAGCUUGGGGUUUUCGUCACAAAGAAUAAGUUCGCUACUACAAACCUCGAAAACGCAAUCAAGGACGUGUUGCGAAGGAGAGGCGAACUAGCCCACGAUCACGAUGAUGCAAUGCAAUUCAGAACCCCAAAAGGACUAUGCAGAGCGAUCGUCUUCUCGAGUCGGUCCAUCGAGGGAGUGUUCAAGCCACUCUGGGUCUUCCGAUCGUACGACAACUUUUCUGCCCAGACCGCAGAACCUGCUGCACUGCCCCUCAACCCAGGCCGUGGGACCAAUCUGGCAGCUUGGAAGGUCGCGAGAGCUGCAACUGCGGCCUACUUGUAUUUCAAACCACUUGAAAUCGCCCUAGAUGACGGCGAGGUUAUGCGUCGCAAACCGAGCCGGUUGAAGACCUUGACAGGGGGUUCACAAGCUCCCAACAAAAAGAAGCAUAACGAACGCCGGACAAGGACAACUGCUCUACUCAGUGAUGCGGGGUUUUCCAGGGCCAACAACCCGUCCAUGAACGUCUUGGAUGAGCUGAGGACUAUCUUCCGCAACGGACCGAAGAAAGUUACCAACUGGGUCAGCAUUGGUACAGCAAGACGAACAGCCCCUCAGGAUAUUUCCACUUUAAGGUCAAUUUUGAAAAAGGCGGUAGAAGAAAUAGGAGAUCCAGAGGGCGAGCACCAUCGCAUGGCGCAAUUGUAUCCAAAAGAGUUCGAUUAUUACAGGUUGAACGAGCCCAACGGCCUUCCUGAUGUCAGCAUGGACGAUUGGAAGCCAAAAAGGUCCAGCAGCUCAGGAUCCCAGACUAUCAAAGACAUGACAGAUGCUUUCAAUAGAUGGUCAGCGCAGCCAGCCAACCAAGAUAGUGUACAGAAAGCCGCAAGAAGUCUUGUGGAUAUCAGACGGGCGAGGACCCUGGAUCACUCGAGGUGGGAAAGAUUCGCCUUGGGAAGACUCUUCACUUGCCCGGCUAAUGACUGCCAUCUGGAUUCGGACGAGACAUGGAAUUAUCGAGAUUCUUUCAUUCGUCAUUUGCGAGAAGAUCAUGGAUAUAACGAAGAUGAUGUCAAGAGGGCCGUGAGGGACUCGAGUCGAGAUUGGCAGUACAAAUCCAGGGAUACAUACUCAUAA